GAGAGAGGGAGCAGGGGACACGCACGCUUAUACACAGCCCAGUGGGUCUCGGUGCCGGGAGGUAUGGAGUCUGUGGGGCGCUCGCUGCUGACCCUGUCGGUUCUGUGCCCGCUUGGGGCGCUGUUGCUGUGCUGGGUCGGGAGUGUUCUGCUGGGGGCCGGGCUCCUACCCUCCCUCGCCUUCUCCCUGUCCCCCCGGGACCCCCCGUAUUCCCCCCGCUCCUGGCUGCUCCUGCUGCCUGUGGCCGCGCUGCUGCUGUGGGGCUGGAGGCUCCUGUCCCGGCCGCUGGAGAUGCUCAGGAGCCCGGAGGAGGUGGGGUACAUCCCGGAGAAGGGCAGGAGCCGUGCCCAGACUGCCAACCAGGUGCGGAGGAGGAGGCGGAAGGGAGAUCUGCCCCCUGUCUACCCCAAUGGCUGGUACCGGGCCCUGGACUCCCACUUGCUGCCCCCCGGGGCUGUACAGGACUGCACCCUGCUAGGGGAACAGCUGGCAGUGUAUCGGACCUUGGAGGGCAAAGUCUACGUGGUAGAAGCCUACUGCCCUCACCUUGGCGCCAACCUUGCCGUGGGGGGCAAAGUGGUGGGAGACUGUAUUGAGUGCCCCUUCCAUGGCUGGCAGUUCCACGGGGAAGAUGGCAAAUGCACAAGCAUACCCUACGCAGAGAAAGUGCCAGAUUUUGCCAAGAUCAAGACCCGGGCAUCCUGCGAGCUGAACGGAAUGGUGUUUGUGUGGUACCACUGCGAUGGCGUGGAGCCCACGUGGAGUGUCCCGGAGCAGGAAGAGAUUACCAAAAAGGAGUGGGUGUACCACGGCCGCACUGAGCACUACGUCAAUGCCCAUAUCGAGGAGAUCCCAGAGAACGCGGCAGACAUCGCUCACCUGGAUUUCCUGCACACCCCCGGCAUUCUGAGCGGCGUGGAUCUGCGCUACACCAAAUCCAGGAUAUGGGACUUCGUUAAACACUCGUGGAAGGUUCAAUGGAUACCGGAGCCCUCGCCCAACAAGCACUGCUCCCAGAUGCUCCUCGCCCACUCCAUCCUUCUCUUUGGGAAACAUUUCCCACUUCUGGAUGUCAAUGUCGUUGCAAGACAGGUGGGACCCGGAAUCGUCUUCCUACACUUCAAGCACGCGUUCCUGGGGCAGGGGGUCAUCCUGCACUGCGUCACUCCCGUGGAGCCCCUGCUUCAGAAGGUGGCGCACAGCAUCUACUACCAACGGAACAUCCCCUCCCUCAUCCCCAAGUUCAUCCUAAAGGCCGAGUGCAUUCAGUUUGAGCGGGACGUGAUGAUCUGGAACAACAAGAAGUACAUAUCCAAACCCAUGCUGGUCAAAGAGGACGCCGCCAUCCAGAAACACCGCCGCUGGUUCUCCCAGUUCUACAGCGACAACAGCCCCCAAAUGAGCUUUCAGCAGGAAGGACUCGACUGGUGACACUGCUGUGCCCACAGUCACAUGACCCCGGUUGCUAAGGGCCGCCCCCGAUGGUCUGAAAGUGCCAACCUAUCAUUCUGUGCCAGGCACCUUAGGGGUUAAACUCGGGUUGGCAUCAUAUGAACCGCCCCCGAGGCCGCGGUGCCCACCCCAUGAACAUUGCUAGUCUCCCCUUUCUGUAUAUUCUGCCCCCGGGCCUUGUCGCAAAGCUAACUGUCAUUGCUGCCAUCCCAGGGGGCAGUUUUUGAGAAGACUUGAAUGUAUUUACCCCCCCCCCCCAAGAGCGUAAAACCGGGCGGUUUGCGUUUCCUCCCUUCGAAAUAAUCUACGAAACUAUUUUUUAAUAUUCACUUCCCUUGGAGGGGAGCCAAUAUUAUGUUUAAUAAUAUUUAAUGACUGUUAAACAUGAGAAAUAUUUAUUUUUAUAUGUAAAGAUAAAGGGUUUGUGGGGUUUUGCUGCAAUAAUAACCACCUUGCCAAUAGUGGGGCGGGGUCACGCGUCGUCCGGGAAACCGGCGGUGUCUUCCAGCCCCACAAAGUGCUUUUUUUUUUUAGCAGAGUUGUGUAUAUAGUGCCUUGCUUAGCUCCUCCCCCUCGGGCUGUUCUAACCAAUCGUAUCAUUAAUCUUCAUAAAGAGACAAAUU